UGAAGCCGAAGCGCUGAUCGGAGACAUUUUGAACACUCUCGCUACUCGCUUUAGCGUACAUUGAUUGGGACAUCUGGAUUUACACUUGCUGUUUAUCGACAACGCAGAUAACGACGACCCACCAGGAUUACCGUAACUAGGUAUCGGAGAAGCCUGAUCGUCCUUGGCCUGGGGGAACGUCUUUGCGCCAUAAGCUUAUGGUGGUUGGGGUAAGUGCGUCACCACUGUUCACCGCGGAAGUAUCACAAUUGGGCUUUUUGGUCGACAAUCUAUAUAACCUCUCGACUGCUAAUUGUGGUCAUCAUCAUCAUCGACGACAAGCGUCAGCAUCCAUUCAGAUUCUCACUAUGCCUUUCGCUAUCAACCUCCUCUGGUCAGCACCAGAGGUCAACCCGUACAAUCAAAAGGCCAGGUCAAUCCCUGUACUCAACCCUAUCAACAAGUAUGGGCGGGUCUUCUUCUUCUCUUACCUGGGCUUCUUUAUCGCGUUCUGGUCAUGGUACGCGUUUCCUCCUCUGCUGAGUAAGAGUAUCAAGGCAGACAUGCACCUCACGCAGGAUCAGAUUGCAAACUCCAAUAUUGUAGCGCUCUGCGCCACAUUGCUGGUUCGCUUCAUUGCUGGGCCCAUGUGCGAUCACAUUGGUCCUCGCAAGACUUUUGCGGUGCUGCUGUUUGCUGGCGCUAUCCCCACUGCUCUUGCUGGUACUGCCACCAAUGCCACAGGCCUCUACUUUAUCCGCUUCUUUGUCGGUAUCCUUGGUGGUACUUUUGUGCCUUGUCAAGUGUGGAGCACUGGUUUCUUUGACAAGAAUGUCGUCGGAACUGCCAACGCAUUGGUUGGUGGUUGGGGCAACUCUGGCGGCGGCAUCACAUACUUUGUCAUGCCAGCUAUCUACGAUUCCCUCAAGAAAGACCAGGGCUUGUCCUCGCACGUCGCCUGGCGCGUCUCUUUCAUCGUUCCAUUCAUCAUGAUUACCGCUUGUGCUCUGGGCCUCCUGCUCUUGACUGACGAUACUCCUAACGGAAAAUGGUCUGAACGCGGCGUGAAAGUCGUGUCCAGUGACCAAGCACAGUCAUCCGUCGUACCUAUAACAGGUGCGAUUGAUGAGAAACCGACGGCUGCUAGCUCCAUAGCUUCCAACGACGAGAAAAAACAACGACAAUCUACCACGGAUAUCGAGGCCGGACGUGGAGACGUCCAAGUCAUCGAUGAAGUCCAACACGAAGUCAUCGUCAAGCCCACUUUCAAGGAAGCUAUGAAAGUCAUGUUCUCCCUUCAAACCGCAUCGCUUUGUGCCGGCUACUUCUGUUCCUUUGGCGGCGAGUUAGCCAUCAACUCCAUCCUCGGCGCCUACUACCUCAAGAACUUCCCAUACCUUGGCCAAACGCAAUCCGGUCGAUGGGCUGCCAUGUUUGGUCUAUUAAACGUCGUCACACGUCCUCUUGGUGGCGUAAUUGCUGACUACAUCUACAAAGUCACCGGGCGUAGCCUUUGGGCUAAGAAAUUCUGGAUCCACUUUGUUGGAGUCAUGUCUGGUAUCCUGUGUAUUGUUAUUGGAAAGGUGGACCCCAAGAACCUGGAUGAGAUGAUUGGACUCAUUGCUGUCAUGGCCAUCUUCCUCGAAGCUGGCAACGGUGCUAACUUCGCUUUGGUACCGCAUGUUCACCCUCAUGCCAAUGGUGUUCUUUCUGGUAUCGUUGGUGCGACCGGCAACUUUGGUGGCAUCAUCUUCGCCAUCAUCUUCCGCUACCACAAGACGGACUACUCACAAGUCUUCUGGAUCAGUGGCAUAAUGAUCAUUGCGCUCAACUGCAUCUUCUUGUGGGUUAGGCCCAUUCCGAAGAACCAGAUUGGUGGUCGAUAAAACCUUUCAUGACCUUUCUAUGAUUAAGUUUGUUUUCUAGCGUUACGAUAGAUGAGAUACCUUUGCCUUGGUUAUAUACAUAGAUGAUUAUUUUGAAUGACAAAGUUUAGAUUUUCCCACGUG